UCAGUAGGAAAGAGGCAUGCACAACGGUCCCUGGUGAACAAGUAAACAGUUUUAAAGCUUAUUCUCUCUCUCUCUGUAACUAGGUUUAAAUAGCAAUGGAGGAACUGAGUACAGCCAAUGGUGGUUUUGCCAUUGAUUUUUUCAAACACGUGUGCAAGGCUCAAAGCAACAAAAACAUCCUAUUCUCACCAUGGAGCAUCUCGUCUGUUAUGGCCACACUGUAUCUUGGGGCUAAAGGCCAUACUGCAGAGCAGAUAGCAGAGGUGCUUCACUUUAACAAAUCUGGGAGAAGUGAAACUGCCCAUGCUAUGAGACACCCACGCGUGUACUCCAAAAUGGAGGAGCUGUUGAAUAACCCCUGCAUCGCUAUUCGGAAGCCCCCUCCUGAAACAUCAAGCAACAUACAUUCAAGAUUUCUGGAACUUAGUCAAGAAAUCAGCAAACCUACAAAGCAUUUUCUGCUUCGAAGUGUCAACCAGCUAUAUGCAGACAAAUCGGUGCCUCUCCAAAAAGAAUUCAUAUUGUCAAUGAAGAAAUACUAUAACGCAGAGCCACAAACAGUAAACUUUCAAGAAGCCGCGGAAGAAGUCAGAAAAGAGAUCAAUUCUUGGGUUGAACACCAGACAGAAGGUAAAAUACAGAAUCUAUUGAAUGAGGGGUCUAUCGAUUCGCUUACCCAGCUGAUCUUGGUAAAUGCACUGUACUUCAGAGGAAACUGGGCAAAGCCAUUUAAGAAACAAGACACAACACAGCAGCCCUUCAGACUUAACAAGCGAACGAGUAAGCCGGUGAAGAUGAUGUUCCAGCAUGGUAACUUCAAUUGGAACUACAUAAAAGAAGUGAAGACUCAGAUUCUUGAGCUCCAAUAUGUCAACAAUGACCUCAGCAUGUUUAUACUCCUCCCUGAUGACAUCACUGAUGACACCACUGGCCUGGAAAUGCUAGAAAAUAAAUUGACUUAUGAAGCCUUAUCCAAGUGGAGCAGCCCAGAAGAAAUGGAAGAAAUUGAAGCAAAUGUGUAUCUUCCUAGGACCCAGUUAGAAGAUCACUAUGAGUUAAAGGCAGAUUUGACCAGCAUGGGGAUAACAGAUGCCUUCACUGUAGGCCAAGCCAAUUUCACCGGAAUGUCUGAAAAAAGCAAGCUGAUUUUGUCCCAAGUUUUCCACAAGUGCUUUGUUGACAUUAACGAAGAGGGCACAGAGGCUGCUGCUUCGACAGGUGCUACUAUAGAUGGGCGAAGUACAGGGGGUGCGACUUUGUUUGCCGCUGACCACCCUUUUCUCUUUUUUAUCCGGCAUAAUGAAACUAAAAGCAUCCUCUUCUGGGGCAGAUUCUGUUGCCCUUAAAGUAUUUCAGCUUUCGACAUGACUGGAAGAAUCCGCAACCAGAAAGAGGAGGAAACACAAGAAGACUGGAAGAAAUUUAAAGAAUAUUUAGUGAGAUACUGUAAUAUCAGCUAAUUAGGAAAUCCCUAGAAGUAACAGAUUAGGCUAAGGGAUAGAAAAAGAUUAAUAAUAAAGAUUAUUAUGGAUGACAAUUGGAAGAGAGGUUAAGAAGUUUGUAAUGAAAGAAGAUACUGAUGUUAUAAAUAUGAAAUUGGGAACUGCUAAAUAUGUAAUAUGAUGAAAUCCAGAUUGGAGGGUGUCGAGGAAGUCUUUUAGCAAUGUGAAUACACCAGGGAAUAAGAAGAAAAAAAUCUUCUUUUAUUUUAUGGGUUUUUAUUAUUGUUGUUAAGUUUUUAUGUUGUGUCAAAUGGAAUGUUUUUCUUUUGUGUUUUUGUCUAUGUGUUAUAAGAGAAAACUAAUAAUUUUUUUUGGAGGGGGGAAUUAAAGUAUUUCAGCUUUCUCUUAGCAAACAGGAAGGAUCUUGCAGCAGCAGGAAUGUGGCACAACAGAGGCACCGUUUUCCAAAGCUAUGUCCAAAUAUGGUGUUCUCGCCUGUCUUUCUUUUAUGCUUGCAGAGGGAGUGCAUACAGCCACAGCUGACAUGUGCUCAGCAAGAAGUCAACUCACUCUCAAACCAUGCAUAAAGUAGUCUCUAGGGUUCUUGGUUUUUUUGCUAUGUCUCCUUCUAAAUUGCAUUGUUUGGUAUACACAGGGCCUUGAUGCAAUCCUUUUCAACAAUAGACUUGCUGAUGGGAGAAAAAUAAAAACUAGUCCGUGGCUGUCAGUGGACCUGCACCCUAGUAAUUAUAUAUUUUUUUAAUUUAUUUUAUUAAAUUUGUAUACCACCAUUCAUCUGAAGAUCUCAGGGCGGUUCAUAGCAUAAAAAUACAAGAUAAAAGAAUACAAAGCAUAGGAGCCAACUCAUUGGGGCCGAGGGGGUCUUCAGCCCCCCAAUAAAAUAUUUGAGGGGCUGCCCCCCCAAGUUAAAGAGCAUUGCCAUUAAAAUGGUGUGCAUGUGCUACAUCAUGUGAUUAUGUGGGGCAGGGCUUACCUCUCCCCCCCCCCAAUAUUUUAUUCAAGUUGGCACCCGUGAGACAAGGUAUAUAAUAAAAACAAAAACAAAACAAUAACCUCCGUUUCCUAAAAACAUAUUUAACUUGGGACUCGGCUACAUUAGUAAAGAAACAACAAUUUGAAUGCUCUAUAAACAUGCAACACCUGAUGAUGCCAGAAAGCCGGAAUUUUUUAUACAUGAUUUUCCAUAGUCCC